AUUUAACGUCGGACCCCCCCCGCUCUCCCGUCACUGUUUCAUCACCUACAUCGCGCAACAUGUCCUACCAGCAACCAUACGGUCAGGGCCCGCCUCAGGGGUAUCCACCUUAUCCCCCUCAGGGUCAGGGUCAGUACCCGCAGAACCCUCCUUAUGGACAGGGUCAGCAUCCACAGAACCCCCCUUAUGGACAGGGUCAGCACCCACAGAACCCUCCUUAUGGACAGGGCCAGCAUCCACAGGGCCCGGGUCCGUACCAGCAAGGUCCGGGCUCGUAUCCGCCCAUGAGUGGCCAGCAUCCACAGCAACCUCAACCAUAUGCUCAGCAGCAACCCCCACAGGGUCCAGGUGCAUACCCGGGCCAGCAUUCACAGCAGCCUGGUCCCUAUCCUCCAUACUCGGCCCCCCAGCAGGGAAUGGGAUAUCCGCCUCAGCAGGGAUAUCCUCCUCAAAGACCACAGCAAGGACACGGAUUGCCUCCACAACAGGGACAUCCUCAGCAAGGACAUCCACAGCAAGGCUACCCACCCCAACAGCAAUGCCAGCCCUACCCACCUGGUCCUCCAGGCCAACAACCACCAGGCCCCUACGCUCCCUAUCCCCCCGGCCAAAACUACGGCCCUCCUCCAACUCAGCAACCCAUGCCCUCGCGUCCCUCCCCUGGCUACGACGCCAACUUCGUUCCCCCAUCUACCGCCAUCAAUGAAGCCGACGCCCUCCGAAAAGCUAUGAAGGGCUUCGGCACCGACGAAAAGACCCUCAUCCGGGUGCUCACCAGCACGCCAGACCCCAACCAAAUGGCCAUCAUCCGGCACACCUACCACACGCGACUGAAUCGAUCCCUCGAGAAGGACCUCAAGUCCGAAACAUCCGGAUCCUUCGAAGACAUCCUCGUCUCCCUUGCCACGGGGCCCUUGGACUCGGACAUAACCUACCUCCACGACGCAAUGAGCGGACUUGGCACCAACGAAACUGCCCUCAACGACGUGCUUCUCGGGCGCAGCAACGCCGAUCUCAACGCCAUCAAACACGCCUAUGCGCAGAAAUACCACACCUCGCUCCUCGAGAAUAUCAAGAGCGAGUUGAGCGGCAAAACAGAGCGCUUCUUCGAAAUGCUCCUCGACGCGCGCCGUCCCGAACCGGGCAGUUACUUCGACCGUCAAGGCAUCGACAACGACGUGCGAGAACUCCACCGCGCCACGGUCGGAAAGAUGGGCACGGACGAGAUUUCAACCUUUGCUAUCUUCCUGAACUCGUCGGAUGAGAGGCUCUCCGUGCUGCAGGGCGAGUUUGAGCGCGUCUAUCAUACCAAGUUGGAGAAGGUGAUUCGGGAGGAGUUUUCCGGACAUUUGGAGGAUGCCCUUGUCGCCAUGCUCGCACGAGCCAGGGAUCCGGCAGCGUAUCAUGCGAGAGUGCUGAAGGAGUGUCUGUUCGGAGACGGGGUGAAGGAGCCGAGAUUGGUGUACUGGGUCGUGCGGUUGCAUUGGGAGCCGGGCUACUUCAAUCGGGUGAAGGCCAUGCUGGGAGGGGAGUUGGGCAAGUGGGUGAGGGGAUAUCUUCCCAGUGGGGACUUCAGAGAUGCGGUUUUGAGAGUUUGCGGAUACUGAUUCUUCUUUUUCUCUUUAUGAUGUUUCCUUUGUGAUGGUUCGGUAGAUAAUAUCCAUCCUCGUGAAAUCAUACCUAAUGAAUGCUACCGAUUACAUGACAAAUCCCCAGGCAACUUCAUCUAUAUACA